AUGUUUGAAAAGGAUUUCAUACACGGGGUGCGACUUGGCUGUCAGGGUUUUGAUGAGAGCGCGUGUGUUGAGUCUGGUCUCGGCGAGUCACUGAGACCUAUCUUUCUCCUCGACUUCCUCACCGAAUUUGGCCUCUCAGAAGUCACCCAGUUUCCACGGCUCGAUAAGUCACAAGUUUUAUCGAAUAAGUCGAGAAGAAAACCUUUGCUAGCUUUCACAAAUGCAUGUCUUUUGAUAAAACAAAGUGGUUUGAUACCAGUAAGGUUGGCGGACGGCAUUAUAAGUACGUCUUCUGUUAUAACGUUCAAACACGUACCACUGUUCUCCCUCGGACAUGAGCAAAUCUCAAAGGUACCACGAUGA